AUGAGCAAAGUAUAUGAACUUUAUAUUCACUUACUUGUGAAACAACAACACAGUCCUAUGAUUUCAACAAUAUCUAAGUACGAACCAUCUGGUUUCAAGGAUGACAACAACCCAUUGUGUAUGGCUAACAAAUUUAGAGUGAUGAGAUAUAGAUCAGAAAAAUUACUAUUACCAGAUAACAUUCUCCAACAUUACAUUAACUUAUUUAGACAUAAUAGAUAGUUGUUUAUACUAUUUUUAAGAUAAUUAACAUCCCCAGUUUAAGAACAUGAAUUAUCGGAUUAAUAAUAGAUAGAGAAUAUUAUAUAAUAAAUUGAAUUGGAUAGUAUUCUAAUAGAAUAGAUGAAUUUAUGGUCUAAUAUCUUUCAACUCACUUAAUAAUAACUUCAAUCCUUUUUCUUAUGUCAAAAUAUGAGUGAUUAUUUGAAUUUCCUUAAAGAGUUCUUAUCAGACCAAUUGCAAAGGUUUUAGAAUAUUGACUUAUCUCAAAUCAAUUUAGAUGAUGACUAUUAAAAAAAUGAAUAAACUCAAAUCAUCUACGUAAAUGAAAUGUAUGAGAAUCACUACAAACCAAGUAGUAAAAAGAAACUUGUCUCAUUUACUCAUAAGAAUGAAUUGAGCGAAUCUGAUUAAAAUUCAAUUAUCAAAAUUAUCCAAAAAAAGAAGUUAGCUUCUAUUAGAGAUAUAUAUAAUGCCAUUAUUACAUAAUUUGAUCUUUAGCCUAAAAUCCAAUACACUGAAUAAAAUGGAUAAUGGAUAUGCUAAAUUGAGAUUAAGUAAAUUUAAUCAAAGUAAACUUCUUAGAAUAAAAGUUUAUCAUUAAUAUGCUCAUAAAUCCACGUAAUUAAAUAAUUAUGUCCAGUCAUAUUUGAUUAUAUAUUAGAAAAUUCUAAUCAAGAUAUCGAUUAAAUCAAAAACAACAAAGGUAACUUAAAUCUCGCUUUACCCACUUCUAAAAAUCAUAAGUUAAUACCUUAAGAGGAUUAUUUGAAACAAUUACCAUAUAAUUAUGAAUUAAUUGAGAAUUAUAUUGAGCAUAAAAACAGUAAUGAAACAUGUGCAAUUAGAAAAUUAUAGAAUGAAGUAACCAACUAUUUAAUCUAAAAAUAUAAUAAAUUUUCUAUUAACAAAUAGUUAUUAAGUGUAGCUUCAACUUAUGAAUUGACUAUGACUUUCGUGGAGAAUGGACAACUGAAAUAAAUUCAAAAAACUUUUACCACAAAAUUAAGAUUUUGCAAUGCAAGAUUGAUAGGUUAGUAAUAUAUAAUAAAUGUGAUUGGAAACUUGAUAUUUGGAGAAGAAAGAUCAAGACAAUUUGAUAAUAUUAAUUAAUUUUUGUUAUAAAUCUAAUGA